AUGACUUAUGCUCUUUCAAUUGAUAUUCAUCAGAAGGAACAACCAUCACUUGCUGAUAUGCGUAUUAAACGUUCACUGGAACAUAAACGUUUCUAUGAUUUUGGUUCUCGAUCAAUUCAUAAUGAUGAUUUACAAGAAUUCAAUGAUGAAGAAAAUCGUUUACGACGUUUCUAUGAUUUUGGUAGCAAGAAACGUUUUUAUGAUUUUGGUUCGAAAAAGAAGCGUUCAAAUGAAUAA